GCACGGCCCUCUCACUGACGCAGACUCACACAGACUGCGCGCUUCAGUUCAAUCCGACUGGAAUGUCCCAGACGUGCUUUGUCGUCUCCUGACGCUGAUCAACGCAGGUCGGGCCAGAAAGUUUGAAAAGUUAACUUUUCAUUGUGAGGGAUCUCGGGAAUAAGUUCAGCUGAGCAGUUUAAAGCUCAACGUGAUGACUUUACUUCUUCUCUGAAGUCACCUGAAGAGUCACAGGGAGACACGAACAGCCGUGCUGCUGCCAGAGGAGAUUAGUCCUUCCUUUCUGGAUUUCGCAGGAGCAGUGCUAUUUAGCUGGAUUACUGACUAAUUAGGCGUUCGCUGAAUAUUAUUUUGUGACAAACUUUCUUUGACAUCUUAUUGUUUUUUUUAUUGGGAUAAUCACUUGUGGAGCCACUUUUGGAGACGUUGGAUCUGAAUUACGCACAGGAUUCCUCUAACAAAUGACAGCUUCUAAGGGGUUUCCUGCACCCCCUGCUCACCCUCUUGGCUUUCUGUAUUGCACCCAUCUCAGGCAUCACUCCCCUCAUCAGGUGAGGUAACCCCGGGGAGUGAAAGUUUCCCUACUUCUUCCCCGAGGAUGUGGGGAGGAGGUUUACCGAUGUAUGUCACCGUGAUUGUGACUCUUCUUCUGGUCAUCAUCGACGUGAAAGCCAGUGGAGAGUAUUGCCACGGCUGGCAUGACUCCCAGGGAGUGUGGAAAGAAGGUUUCCAGUGUCCGGAGAAGAUCGACGCAGAGGACGCAAUCAUCUGCUGUGGGAAAUGUGAGCUGCGCUACUGCUGCUCCAGCACGGACGCACGGCUGGAUCAGGGGAGCUGCGACAACGACCGGCAGGCUCAGGAGCCCGGGACAGAGACCAAGGAGGACAAGGACUCUGGAGCAGUUCCCAUCUACGUGCCCUUCCUGAUCGUGGGCUCUGUGUUUGUAGCUUUCGUCCUGGUGGGCUCUGUUGUCGCCGUGUGCUGCUGCCGCUGCCUCCGGCCCAAACAGGAGCUGUCGUCAGGAGGUACCACCGGAGGCGGGGCCAGUGGCGGGCGUCUCCUUGAGACCAUCCCUAUGAUGGCCAGCUCCGGGACCUCCAGAGGCUCAUCGUCUCGCCAGUCCAGCACAGCCACCUCAUCCAGCUCCUCCGCCCCGCCGGCAGCCCCCCGCCCAGCUCCCCCUCCUCUCAUGCGGGCUCAGGCCUCCUGCUGCCUUCCCCCUGAUGCCAGCGUCUUUGUCAACAUGCCCACUAACUUCUCUGUGCUCAACUGCCAGCAGGCCACACAGAUCAUGCCUCACCAGGGGCAGUUUCUGCACCCACAGUACAUCGGCUACGCCCACCCUGUGGCUGCCACCACGGCCUUCCUGGACCCCACUCAGGGAGCAUAUAGACCCCUCCAGUCCCCUUGUCCCCCUCCUACCACUGGGUCCAGUGUCACCAGUGACCAGAAAUUCCCUCCUGUGACAGUGUGAUGAGGGGCCAACGUGCAGACUACUCCUUUGUGAAGUUUAAACCUGUGAGGGCGGCGAAGAGGACGCUGACUGAGAGGAGAAUCUGGAAAUCAGACUCACAUGAAGGACUCAUGAGGCAGCAGGGUCUGCCUCACUAUUGUGUGAUUUGUGCGUCUGCUAGUGUGUAAUAUGAUCUCUUGGCACGUUGGAAUGAGCUAAGCUCAGCCUGUGAUGGGAUAAGACGGAUACAUAAACAAUUUUCUGUCGUGACGUGAAGAAAAAACUGCAAACUGGAGGGUUUUCUAGCAAAUGCGGGCGGUCAUGAACUGCUCAAAUGAGGACUGUGCAUGUGUGUGUGAGUGAGAAAAAGAUUUACUGGCUUAUAUGUGCUUGGUUGAGUGAUGACUGGAUGAUUUAUAGCAGUUGAACUGUAUGAAAAGUGGAUUUUUGAGCAAAAAAAGAGAUGACCACAUGCCGACUUAAUGCCAUGUGCACAUCUGCACUUACAUACAGUUUGUGUUUGUUUAUGUAAAGUGGAUGAGGAGAGAAAGCUUGUGAAGAGAUGUUUGUACUGUACGUGUGUGAGCUGGUGUGAAGUGUGGAGGGAUGUGGGGCUGUAUGAGUAACUGUGAGUGAGCUGUGUGUAAUGGGAAACGCAGGUGGUGUGAUGUGAAAGGCAGUUGCAAUCUCCCUGUAGACCAUUUAAAGUCUAAUGAAGUGAACACAGGACACAGACUGUGACGCCUCACCCAACCCUGCACCCCCACCCCCCUACUUCUGUCGCCCAAAAAUAAAAAAAACUUGUUGAAAAAAUCCCAAACUGCCCUGAACGGAAACCCACUGAGCAGACAAGUAAAGCUAACGGUUAGUGAACCUGACGAGUGUGAGCGUGUGACAGAGAGGGGGGACAAAAGCUUCUGAAGAUUACAGAGUUAAUUAUACAGUGAAAACUCUGCCAAAUGCCCCCUGCUAGAGUGUGUUCGCAUGUGUGUGUUUGUAUUUAACACUCCCACAGUUCACUGCAGAGGGCACAAGCACAACAGUCAUGAUUUCCACUUUUAAAAGGCCCAAAAAUUGCAUUUACUGGUUGAAGUUGAAGUUGCAUUUUCAGUCUUCCAGUGUACCACGGUGCAGUCGGGUCAUUGGUAACUCAGUAACAUGCAGCUUGAGGAAUGUGCUGCUCCGCUGAGCAUGCAGCAUGAGAUGUCCCAAAUUACUAAAAACAGGUAUGUUUGCAUCAACUCUCCAAGCAAAAUGUCUGUAAGACAGUGGGCAGCUUGUUUGUGAUAAAACAAAUGAUGAUCUGUAAAAUGAUGUAUGAAAACCGGUCCAAUUUUGAUGCA